CCGGGAUGGGUGCUGAUGUACACGGGGGCUCAGCUCUGUGUGUCCCCCCCACCCGGCUCAUGCAAAGUCGAGGGGAUCCAGCCCCCAGGCUGGGCCUGGCCGCGUUUUGGGGUAGCCAGGGGUGCCGUCUCCCACUCUAGGCAGGAGGAGGCCCAGGCUAUCGACCAGGAGCUCUUCACUGAGUACAAGUUCAGCGUGGAUCAGCUGAUGGAGCUGGCGGGGCUGAGCUGUGCCACUGCCAUUGCCAAGGCCUACCCACCCAGCUCCUUCACCACGAGCCAGCCCGCUGUGCUGGUGGUCUGCGGGCCAGGGAACAACGGCGGUGAUGGGCUGGUCUGCGCCCGGCACCUGAAGAUGUUUGGCUACCAGCCAACCGUGUAUUACCCCAAGCGCCCCAGCAAGCCCCUCUUUGAAGGUUUGACCACCCAGUGCAAUAAGAUGGAUAUUCCCUUCCUCCCCGAGUUCCCAGCUGAGGCUGCGUUCAUUGACGAGCUCUAUGGCCUGGUGGUGGAUGCCAUUUUCGGCUUCAGCUUCACGGGAGCAGUGCGGGAGCCCUUUGGCAGCAUCCUCAGCACUCUGGAGCGCGUCACGGUGCCCAUCGCCAGCAUCGACAUCCCCUCAGGCUGGGAUGUGGAGAAGGGGAAGGCAGACGGCCUCCAGCCCGACAUGCUCAUCUCCCUGACGGCGCCCAAGAAGGCAGCGAUGCAUUUCACCGGCCGCUACCACUUUCUUGGGGGCAGGUUUGUGCCCCCUGCGCUCCAGGAGAAAUACGCUCUGAACCUGCCAGCUUACCCCGGCACAGACUGCGUCCUGCAGCUCACCUAGAGCUGGGGCCAGAGGGGCUGGGGGGCCAGGCCUGGCUUCAGCACUGCACACCAGGGCCAAAUUCUGCCCAAGCCUCUGCUAGGAGGGUGCUCAGCACCUCACUGGGCUUCGGUGUGUGCCUGCAGGGUAGAAAGGCCCAGCAGGUGGGAGUGGUGAGGGGCUGCAGGGGAGCUCUCUUUGGGGCUGCUGCCUAAUCCAAGUGCUCAGGUGUAAAGGUGAGCUGGGGUUCUGCCACUCACGGCACCACUCACACUUUGGGAUAAUCUGAUCACAAUAAAGAUUUAUUCAUGCCCUUGAAAAAAUA